GCCCCUUCUCGCUUAGUUAGCCAGAGCUAUUUUGUUAGCUAUAUCUUGGACAGGAUAGUGGGCGCAAUGGAUUAAUAUAACCAGCAAAAAACUAUCUGGCAGUAGCAUCAGAAGCGUUUUAAGUGCAACUAUGUUCGGUCGGUCACGGAGUUGGGUGGGAGGUCAGGGGAAAACAAAAAAUAUUCAUUCCCUGGACCAUCUCAAGUAUAUGUACCAUGUCCUUACUAAGAACACGACAGUAACAGACAGCAACAGGAACUUGCUGGUUGAGACCAUCCGCUCCAUCACUGAGAUACUCAUCUGGGGGGACCAGAACGACAGCUCUGUCUUCGACUUCUUCCUGGAGAAGAAUAUGUUUGCGUUCUUCCUGAAUAUCCUUCGUCAGAAGUCAGGUCGUUACGUCUGUGUCCAGCUGCUCCAGACCCUCAACAUCCUGUUUGAAAACAUCAGCCACGAGACGUCACUCUAUUACCUGCUGUCCAAUAACCACGUCAACUCCAUCAUAUAACUGUUUUCCCCCCUCAUCUCCUCUCCUCUAGAUUACCUACUGUCCAAUAACCACGUCAACUCCAUCAUAUAACUGUUUUCCCCCUCAUCUCUCCUCCUCUAGAUUACCUACUGUCCAAUAACCACGUCAACUCCAUCAUAUAACUGUUUCCCCCCUCAUCUCUCCUCCUCUAGAUUACCUGCUGUCCAACUCCAUCAUAUAACUGUUUUCCCCCUCAUCUCCCCUCCUCUAGAUUACCUACUGUCCAACUCCAUCAUAUAACUGUUUUC